CGUUUGGUUAGAAAACGGUCUGUUACAAACACACCGGUGUCAGGGGAUAUCUGCAGUUUGCUUUAUCUAAGUCCAGGUUACCUCCUCAACUCCCAAGCAAGCAGCCAUGACAUCUAAAGGUGCCAAAGAAAGCAUCGUCACCAGGUUGGGUUUCAAAUCCAGCAGCUCUGGCUCCAAGGCUGAGGCAGAGCUGGAGAAAGUCAGAAAGGAGAAUGCUCACCUCAGGAAAAAGAUUGAUGAGAUGGCCAAACGACACAUCAAACCACCCGACUCAGAAAAAAGCAAGCUGCUGGAGAGGAUUCUUUCCCUCGAGACGCUGCGGGAGAGAAACAAUCAGCAAUUGCUCAUUAAAGAGCAGGAACUAGAAACAACGAGACAGCAACUGUCAGCUAAAGGAGGAGAGGUGGUAGCGUCACUGCAGGCCCAGCUGGAGCAGCGGAGGAAGGAGGCCGAGCAGAAAGACGCGUUGUUCCAGAAUUUGUCCCAGGAGACGGGGAACCUGAAAAACCAGCUGGCCACUGUUUCUGCCCGGUGCCAGUCCCUGGAAACACAGGCGGUGAAUGGACCGUUACCUUCAGCCGAUUUGGCAUUGGUGCAAGAUCAACUGAGAGACGCUCUUGAGAAGAACCAGCAGUGGCUGAUGUACGACCAGCAGAGAGAGGCCUACGUCCAGUCCAUCCUUGCCCGCUCGCUGGAGCUGGAGCAGCAGCUGGCCCCGGCAAAACGGCAACAAACUAAACAAGAGGCCACUUCACUUGCUCCUGCCAGCUCUGCAGGUCCAGAAAAAGACGUUGAGCUGAAGAGCCACUAUGAGCAGUUGCUUAUGGGGUUACAGAAAGACCUGGAGAGGCAAAAAGAUCAAGUUACCCAAAGCCAACAGGAGCUCGAUGUGCAGAGGGAACAGACCUUGAAAGUUCAGGCCGAGCUGCAGUCUCAGAAGGAGCGGGUCUCCAGGCUCCAGGAGGAGAUGUCGGCUCUGCAGAGCAGGUAUGAGGACAAGUGCAGGGAUCUGUCGACCUUUCUGAGGCAGUACGAAGAGAAGAGCAAAGAGUUGGAGGAGGCCAAGAUGCAGCUGCAGGCAGAGCGACUCGGCAACAGACAUGCCGCGUGUGAAGAGAGAAAGGCGUUGUCUGAGCGGUCAGACAGGAUGAGAAUGGAAUUGGAGAAUAUGGACAUCAGAUUGGAGGAGGAGAGGAAGAGAUCCGCUGAACUUCUACUGCAGGUGAAUAUGCUGCAGAAGUCUCUUCUGAGCCAAAAUGAAGAACAGAGGAGACUUGCCGCGCUGGAGCAACAGAAUCAAAAGUUCUCUGACUUUGUGGACAAACAGACUGGAUACAAGACUAAAUGCAUGCUCACUUUCCCUCUGGUCACUGACAAAGAGUGCCUUGGAGUCUGCAUGGCACUAAACAAAAUAGGAGCUGACGCGUUCAAUGAUCAGGAUGAGCUUCUCUUCCACAAGUACAUGAACUUUGCCCAAGUCAUCGCCCUGCAGCAUUACACAAACUACAUGUUCAAUGUGGAGUCCAGAAGGAGUCAGGUGCUGCUGUGGUCGGCCAGUAAAGUGUUUGAGGAGUUGACAGACAUUGAGAGACAGUUUCACAAAGCGCUCUACACUGUAAGGAUCUAUCUAAAUUGCGAACGAUACUCGGUGGGCCUGUUGGACAUGACCAAAGAGAAGGAAUUCUAUGAUGAAUGGCCGGUGAAACUGGGAGAUGUUGAACCCUAUAAAGGACCAAAAACACCAGACGGCAGGGAAGUCAUCUUUUACAAGAUCAUUGACUACCUCCUGGAAGGCAAAGAAGAAAUCAAAGUCAUACCUGGUCCGCCUGCAGAUCACUGGGCUCUAGUUAGCGGCCUACCGACCUACGUUGCAGAGAACGGCUUUAUUUGCAACAUGAUGAACGUGGCUGCAGAUGAUUUCUUCACGUUCCAGAAAGAGCCUGUGGAUGACACAGGUUUUGUCAUCAAGAAUGUCUUGUCGCUGCCUAUUGUCAACAAGAAGGAAGAAAUUGUGGGCAUUGCCACCUUCUUCAACCGGAAAGACGGCAAGCCAUUUGAUGAACACGAUGAACAGAUCACUGAGGCCCUAACUCAGUUCUUGGGUUGGUCGGUGCUGGUCUGCGACACCUACGACAGGCUGAACCGCGUGGAGUACAGGAAAGAUAUCGCCCAGGAGAUGCUCAUGUAUCAGACCAAGUGCACCAAAAAUGAGCUGCAGUCCAUUCUGAACACCAAUGAGAAGUUUGACGCAGAACCCGAAGACUGCGAACCGAAAGAAAUGUACAAACUGUUGAGAGCCACCUGCCCGCCAGCCGACAACGUCAACGGAGAGAAUCUGUACCUGUUCUCCUUCAGUGAUUUCCCCGUAUCAGAGUUUGACCUCAUCAAAGCCGGCAUACGCAUGUUCUUUGAGCUCGGCGUUGUUGAAAAGUUUAAAGUUCCUCCAGAGACAUUGACCAGGUGGAUGUACACCGUGAGGAAGGGUUACCGUUCCAUCACCUACCACAACUGGAGGCACGGCUUUAACGUAGGCCACACCAUGUUCUGCCUGCUGCAGACAGGGAGGCUGAGAAAGUACUACUCCGAUCUAGAUGCCUUUGCCAUGGUGGCUGCUGCUUUUUGCCACGAUAUUGACCACAGAGGGACCAACAACCUCUACCAGACGAAGAGUGCACAUCCUCUAGCUAAACUCCAUGGCUCUUCCAUCAUGGAAAGACACCAUUUGGAGUACAGCAAGACGUUAAUGGCUGAAGAGACCCUGAACAUCUUCUGCAACCUCCAGAAGCGUCAGUUUGAGCAUGUGCAGCAUUUGUUUGAUGUCUGCAUCAUCGCCACUGAUCUGGCCCUUUACUUCAAAAAGAGAACCAUGUUCCAAAACAUUGUGAAUGCCACAGAGCCGAUGGCAGAAGAAAAGAUGGCCAUUGAAUACAUUUCCAACAACCCCACCAGGAAGGAAAUCGUGAUGGCCAUGAUGAUGACAGGUUGUGACUUGUCAGCUAUCACAAAACCCUGGGAAGUACAGAGCAAGGUGGCUCUGAUGGUCGCUGCUGAAUUCUGGGAACAGGGAGAUUUGGAGAGAUCUGUUUUGGACCAACAACCAAUUCCCAUGAUGGACAGAAACUGUGCCGAACAGCUACCCAAGAUGCAGUGUGGUUUCAUCGACUUUGUGUGCUCAUUUGUGUACAAGGAGUUCUCCAGGUUUCACAAAGAGAUCCAGCCCAUGUUUGACGGUCUGAACAACAACAGGGCACACUGGAACGAGCAGGCUGAGGUAUACAACGCGAAGAUGAAGCUCAUUGAGGAUCAAAAGAAGAAACUGGAAGAAGAUGAAGCCAAAAAAGCUGGAGGCGGAGACGCAAAGUCAAAAACCUGCACCAUCUGCUAAGUUCCUUCGGUGCUUGGAUCUGGACUGAUGCGGUCUGGUUAGGACUAAUCUAGGCUAUUCUAGCCUAUUCUGGUCUGACAACUAGUCUAGUUGGGGCUUGACUAAGCAAGUUUGGUCCGGUCUGAUCUACACCAGCAUAGUUCUCUCUGGUUAGGGGCUGUCCAGACCUGUUUGGUCUGGUCUAGUUCAUUCUCGCCUAUUUUAGUCUAGUGUAGUCAGGUCUGGUCUGCAGUCCAGUCUACAGUCCGCCUAACUAUUCUCCAAGGAUCGAAGAGUCAAAAACAAGAAGAAGUAAUGUUUGGACACUGACUGCGAGAGAAGCCUUUUUGACUCAGAAGACAUGAUGUAUUUGAAACUUCCUACUUCAACACAGCCAUGAACUUUAAAAACAUAUAUACAUGGACAACAUAUAUUUCUGUUUAACAUAGCAAUAAUCCAAACAUUCAUGACAUGUAUGGUUUAAUCCAUGGUUGGAUAAGCUCAGCUGCUGUAAGCAAAUGUUCCAAGUCAAAGUCUUCAGUAUAAAUAGCUCAACUAGGUGACAGCAUGUGCUGCAUGUGGGGUGUAUACAUGCCAAAGCAAUAGUUUCCUCACAGUUCCUUUUGGCAGUCAGUAUUAACCACACAGUAUAGUAGUUCUGUACGUAGUGCACGAUACACUCAACUCAGCUGCUGCUGUUUUGGCAGUGGCAGGCCAUGUGUGAGUGUGGGUGGGCAGGGACAAGGAUCAAAGGAAUGGGGUUAGUAGUCUUGUUUUGGUUAAGAGUUCAAAUAGCUUGAGUCGUGGAAUUAUUUUCUUGAACACGAGAGCAGGAUCUGUUAUUGCUGUAUGACAACUCUUUGAAACUCAGAUACAGCGUGCAACAACGUGCAAUCUGAUGUCCCUUACCUCAAAAGGCGCUAAUGAGUUGGGUGAGGGUAUAUGUAUUUUAAUAUGCAAUUUAUCUAUAUAUGCUUUUUUUGAAGUCUUCGUCUAACAAUUUUGUACUUAAACCAUCUUCACGGAUGGAGAGUUUUAGACGAGCUUGGGCGUUUGGAAACUGUGAACAAAUGUACGCUAAAGUCACAUGCAGGCAUCAGGAAAAUGUGUUGAAGUUGUGCAACGUUAUUGUCAGCUUUGAAAAACACCUGUGAGCUGUUGUCCUUGUGGCCAACAACCUGGAAAAAUAACUAAAAUAAUAAUAACAUGCAUUAUAAUUACACCAGUGUUUAGAGCAAAAUUACAAUUCCAUAUUGAUACAAAACAUCCAUGAUUUUACAUGUAUAUAGUUUAUAGAUAUUAUAAAAUGUAAAUUGUGUAAACUUAAGAAUAACUAAUAACUGUUUUGAAGGAUGUACAGUAAAAGCAACCUUUGCUGCUUGUAAGGAGUCACAGUCAGUCAAACAGGGAACAGCAGAUCACCUCUCUUGUAAGAAGAUUGGAUAGGAUUUGAUCUGAUUGCCAGCCAGUGUUUGAGAUCCACAUUGAUUUAGACUUUAAAUACCCUUCUUACAGAAGAGGUGAAGCAGGCUACUAAAGCCUUGUAUGGAUAUGCAGACAAUUUGUGUUUCAAAUGUGGCAGAUACAGCUAUGUCAUCAUCUGAUGUUAUGGUGGUACAGGCCAACGCCUCUUCUUCCCUGAUGCAACAGUGAAUCAUGCAUUAACUGCUGUUUGAUGUCCUGUCAGUGUGAAUCUCCAUGUAUACCUGAAUAGGAUUUGAUCUGGUCCCCCCCCCCCUCCCCCCAACUUCCUGUUACACAAUGUCAUCUCCUCCUAUCAACAGCGCAUCACUCAAAGGCACUUAAUCCUAUCAGAAUGGCUUUGGGACUACCUGGAAACUCCUUUUCUGCUGCUUUGAGGUGAAGUGAGAAGCUAUUGUGGUCACUGGAGGCAAAACUGUGCAAACACAUUUACUGUUUAAGUGAUGUGUUUUAUUUAUUUGACCAUGGAUUUACCUCAUUCCUGCUGUACACAUUGUAUAUGAAUGGUUACACCACCAGUUCUGUCUCCAGUGAUAAGAAUGACCCCUCGCUUUUUCCUUUUUUGAGAUAUCAAAUAAUACGCUUUCUACUUAUCCCAUCAACUGUCUUUCAGACAUUAGAAAUCUAUCAUUUGACGUACGAGAUGACUAUGUAUGUAUGUGUCACGAGAUGUAAUAUGUGUAAGCAAAUAAAAGAAUUUAUGAAAGUGUAA